AGCUAAGUUGUCAACAGUGACGACGCAGCAGCGCAGCCAAAGGACAGUAGCAGCCAAUAUUAUGCGAAACAGAAAAUCUAUAAAAAAGUAGAGCAGCAGCAGCAGCAGCAGUUGGGGCGGGGUAAGCAGGAGCAGCAGGAGCAUCAGGAGCAGCAGCAGUAGGAGCAGCAGUAUGGAGUCUCCAGCGAAUGUUCCUGUAACGACUGUCAUAACUGGCUACUUGGGUGAGAAUCCAACGCAUGCUGAGCAUGACAACCAAGUGACAACAACGCAUCUGAACGAGCAGGAAGCAAAUAAUGAUGAUGAUGAAGAUGGGGAUGAUGAGGAUGACGAUACCAAGGAUGCUUAUUACGAGGCGCGCAAUGGCAAUGAAAGCGAUGAGCUUGAAACGGUAUUCCAAAGUUCGUUGACUUUGGCCAGUGACGUCAGAGUAAAUAUUUGUGAUGCAGAAGCUGAAGCAAAGGCAGAUGAUGAUGAUGAUGAUAAUGAUGUUCAUAAUGAUGCUGUCAAUGUUGCUGAUGAUGAGACGCUGACUGAAGAUGCGCGCGCAGAGCAGCAACUGCCAGUGGAAACGAAUCCAACUCCAAGAGACUUGCAAACUGAAACAAACAACGAAACAGCACCAGCCACUGCAACUGCAACUUUAGCCUCCAAUGUCAAUGAGCUGCCACGACAGCGGCACCAGCAUCAGGCGCUGCUCUCGACCAAGUCCUGUGAGACUCCCGCAUCCGCAACUGCCACAACGCUGUCGCCGACGAGUUCCUGUAACGGCAGCAUUGGCAGCGAUGGCAGCUGCAGCGUUGGCGGCGGAGCACGUCGCAAAUCCUGGACAUUGUCGCCACAGAAUGUCAUUUCCAAGAAGAAAACUAAAGCAACGGGAGCAGCAGCAGCAGCAGCAGUUGCCAGUGGAACCAUGUCCAAUGCAACCAUGUCCAAUGGCGACAGUUUCAAUUUGUGGGUGGCACGUGAAUGCUUUGAAACAGUGCCUGCUGAAAUGGUGGAUACACUAAGCGUUGCCGAGCUGCAGGACCAGCAGCAGCAGCAGCAUCAACAGCAGGAGGAGCAGGCGGAGCAGGACGUUGAGGAUGUGGACGUGGAUGUGGAUUUGGAUGAAGAUGCCGCUGCCGUUGAGAGUCUGCUGGGCGCAGCGGCUGCUCUGCAAGCGAGUGCCUGCAUCAGCGGCGGCAUCCAGAGUCGACAGAAGCAUCAUCUGCGACAGCCUGCUCAGCACCGUCCACUGGAACGCUCCUGGCCACCGCGUGCCAUUGGCAGGGAUUACAAGCUACAGGGCGAUGUCUUCAAGUUCGACAUACUCGACACGGACGAGCGUCUGCAUGGAUGCGAGGAUGUGGCCAGCUAUAGUGGCGCCAGCAGCAGCAACAGUUCUCCACUCCGUUUCCCAGGACAGCCGGAAGCGAGUCCACCGCCCAUGCGCUUCAAGCCCUUGAUCCAGAAGAAGAUUGGACCCGAUAGUUACAUCAAUACGAUCAGCACACAAAAGGUGCCAGCUCACUUGACCUAUGAGUUUCCCACGUUCCCGCUGCAGGAGCAGCACAAUAGUAUUCCCAGCACAAGUGUCGCCACGUCCAAUGGAAUCGGUGUUCAUCAGUUUCCCUAUUUGCGACAGCAUCGUCCCCUGACACGUGCUCUGUCCAAUGGCAAGGCAUCAUGCGGAACGGAUGAGCAACAUCAUCUCACCGGUGGUAGCAGUAAUUCACCACGUUUGCUGCUGUCACCGAAGCUACAACGUAGUCCACCUUCCGGUUGCUCCACACGCAGUGCCUCGCCGCUGGAUCUCAGCCUGAGUCCGGAGCAGCAUUCGCCGACGCGUGGACGUGGAGUUGGUGGCCUUGAGUCAAUGUUGCCUUUGCCUUUGGCUCAGCCGCCGCCUCCGGGCACGUCCACAUUCCACGCCCAGCGGCCGCAGCAGCGACUGCUCAAGCGUGUUGGCGGCGGAGGAGGAGGAGGAGGAGGAUGCACUGGUGGUGGUGCUGGUGCUGGUCUCGUCUGUCCGCCCACGCCCACACAUCAUGCACGGCGUCAUGCGCGUCUUCAAGCCGUCACUGCCAAUUCCGUUGCCAUUGGUGCAGCGGAUGCCAACUCUAGUCAAUUGCAGACGCCACCCGGCUCGCCAUCUCAGCUCGUUGCCCGAUCCGUCCAGGAUGUGGAUGACAACAACGAUAUGGUGCACUUGAGCAGCACACGACUGCCGUCCAUCCCAGAACGCAGUGCAGCCGCUGCAGCGGCGGCGGCAGCAGCAGCAGCCGCAGCGGGCGCAGGCAUUAUGGAAAGCAGCGGAGGAUUUGGAGGAGUGGGGGGAGUGGGAGCAGGGGGCGGUGUUGCGGAGCCAUUGCCGCCAGCUUGGGAGGCACGCAUGGACAGUCAUGGGCGCAUAUUCUACAUUGAUCACACCACACGCACCACAUCCUGGCAACGACCUGGUCCCAGCACGGGACCUGGCGGACGCGAGCAGCAUCAUCGCCAGCAGCUGGACAGACGCUAUCAGUCCAUCAGACGCACGAUUACCAAUGAGAAUCGCUUGUCCCUGCCAGCUGCUCCAGAGCCGUCCCAGCUUUACAAUCUGCCACGAGGCGGGGCACAGUCAGCUGUUGCUGCCGCAUCUGGAUCCGGAUCUGGAGCUGUGGCGGGAGCGGGAGCGGCAGCAGCAACAGCAGCUGAAGCAACUGGAGCAGCUGGUGGAGCACCUCCUGCAGCACUUAAUCUGGCCAUACAUCCGGCGGUGAUGAUGCUGUGCCGCCCGGAUUUCUAUUCCCUGUUGCAUACGAAUGAGGCAGCAUUGGCCAUUUACAAUCGGAAUGCGGCAUUGAAGCACAUGGUGAUGCGGAUUCGACGGGAUCCGCAGUGUUUCCAGCGGUAUCAGUACAACAAGGAUCUGGUCGCCUUGGUCAACACAUUCGCCCAGCUGACCAGGGAUUUGCCCUCGUGCUGGGAGACCAAAAUGGAUCAGACGGGCAAACAGUUCUUUAUCGACCAUCAGCACAGGAAGACCUCGUUUAUGGAUCCCCGACUGCCCGUCGAGUGUCCACGUGUCGUGCGUCAUCGCCAGCAGCAACAGCAAUACUUGCAACCACAAACACAAACACAACCGCAUCCGCAUCCGGAUCUCGUCGAUGGCAAUUGUCUGUCGGCCACCAGUGGUCACAUCAAUGCCAGCUCCAGUUGCUCCUCCACUGCAUCCGCCUCCGCCUCCGUAUCCGUCUCCGGUGUGCCUCCGCUGCCCCCGCCACGCCCCUGCCGUGGCAAUGUCCAUCCGUCGGCCGCCACCCACAAUUGCACCACGGCGGCGGCUAUCGCUUGUGCCUUGAGCUUGAGCGGCGCUGCCGGCGGCUCCAGCGUCUCCAAUGCCAGUGGAGCCACUGCCUCCGGCUACGAGGAUGUUCCGAUUGCCUACAACGAAAAGGUUAUUGCAUUUCUGCGGCAACCAAAUAUACUGGAGAUUCUGCGAGAACGACAUGGUCAACACACGGUGUCCCGUUCGCUGCGUGAGAAAAUAAACAUACUGAGGGUGGAGGGCGUGCCAGCGUUGGAGCGUCUGGGUCAUGACCUACAAUUGACCAUAUUGCUCAGCUUGUUCGAGCAGGAGAUCAUGAGCUAUGUUCCUAUUGAAGAGCGCAGUCCACAAGGUUCGCCGGUGCUCAGCUCGAGGAUGCCUCAAAGGGCGCCGCCGCCAUUCCGUCGUGACUUUGAAGCCAAAUUGCGCAGCUUCUAUCGCAAGCUGGAGUCCAAGGGUUAUGGCCAAGGGCCGCACAAGCUCAAAUUGCACAUACGUCGCAGUCAUCUGCUGGAGGAUGCAUUCCGUCGAAUAAUGUCGGCGAACAAGAAGGAUUUGCAGCGUGGUCGUCUGGCCGUGCUGUGGGACACGGAGGAGGGCUUGGACUAUGGCGGACCGUCGCGUGAAUUCUUCUUUUUGCUGUCCCGCGAGCUAUUCAAUCCGUAUUAUGGACUCUUCGAGUACUCGGCCAAUGAUACGUACACGGUGCAAGUGUCGCCAUUGUCCGCAUUUGUGGACAACUGUCAUGAUUGGUUUCGGUUUAGUGGCCGUGUGUUGGGUCUGGCUUUGGUGCAUCAGUAUCUGUUGGAUGCAUUCUUCACGCGACCCUUUUACAAGGCACUCCUACGUCUGCCCGUUGCCCUCAGCGAUCUGGAGUCGCUGGACAAUGAGUUCCAUCAGUCGCUGCAAUGGAUACGAGACAAUGACAUUGGCACCGGCAUCGAUCUCGGUCUCACCUUCUGUGUCACCGAGGAGCUGUUGGGUCGAGUUGUCGAGCGUGAGCUGAAAGCCGGCGGCAAGAAUAUCAUUGUGAAUGAGAAGAACAAAAAGGAGUAUCUGGAGCGGAUGAUCAAGUGGCGUUUGGAGCGUGGUGUUCAGGAGCAAACGGAAUCGUUGGUGCGCGGCUUCUACGAGGUGGUCGAUGCUCGACUCGUCUCCGUCUUCGAUGCCCGCGAACUGGAGCUGGUCAUAGCCGGCACCGCGGAGAUCGACACCAACGAUUGGCGCCUGAACACGGAAUAUCGUUCGGGCUAUCAUGAUAACCAUCAGGUGAUCAUUUGGUUUUGGCAGGUGAUCGAGCGUUUCAGCAACGAGCAGCGACUGCGUCUGCUACAGUUCGUCACGGGCACCAGCAGCAUACCCUACGAGGGAUUCUCCGCCCUGCGAGGCUCCACAGGUCCUCGACGAUUCUGCAUCGAGAAGUGGGGCAAACCGAACUCUCUGCCUCGGGCACACACCUGCUUCAAUCGCCUCGAUCUGCCGCCGUAUCCGACACCGGAGCUGCUCUACGAGAAACUCUUGCUUGCCGUCGAGGAGACAAACACUUUUGGCAUUGAAUAGAGACUUGAAUGUGAUGUUGUGAUGUUGUUCAUUGUUGCCAGCGCGUUAACAUUUACUUUUAAUAUUAUUAUUAAUAUUAUGAUUAUGGACGUAUUUAUUGUACUACUUACACAUGUAUUUGUAGCUUCUGGCCAGCUCAACUCGACUGUUUUAGCCUGAUUUGUUGGCAACUUGAAUUUGCUUUGCUUUUACAAUUACCAUUACCAUAAUCACUACCGUUAACUUUACUGCUACUUUUACAGUUACCUCAAAACGUUUCAAUUUUUUUUUUACAAGUCAUUAGACCUAAGAUUCUUUACCCACACCCCCCUUUCACUAAACCAAUGAAAAACUGCAGUCCCUAGAACUUAAGGACAUAAGACUCUGACUUGAACCAUUUUGAAUUUAUUUUUUUAAAGUUCAGGUUCAUAACCUAGAAAAAGCUUUAACGCUUUGAAUUAAAUUUUAUUAUUAUUAUUAUUAUUAUUAUUUUUUUUUUUAACUGCCUAAAGGAACUUUGCAAACUAAACUUAAAACUCGACUCGAAAUCUUAGAAACAUUAAAACGUUUUCUUAGCAUUCCAAAACCAAAAAAAAAAAAAAACAAACAAAAACAAGAAUUGAAACUUAAAUGAAAUUUAGAGAAAAAGAAACGUGAAUAUAAGAGGAAUAAACCUUUGAAAAAUUCUACGCCAAUACUUAAAUAGCUUGUAAUUCUUUAGCCUUAAAACCUCUUUAGAUGCAUUCCAUUUUUGGUUAUAGAAUAUAUGGAAAAUACGUAAUAUUAGUUGUAUUUGAAAACUAUAAACUUAAACUAAUACUAAAUUAAGUUAAUUGUUUUAAAACAUAAGCUCUUGUAACGAUGAUUUACGCCAUAAAGAACUAACAGCUCUGUCUACAAUCGUAAAUAAAAGAAGAAGCUAUUAAAUCGAACAUCUCUAAUAUUGCUGAUCUUUAGAAACUAAAAUUUUUCAAUCUCUGCAUCAUCAUUCAACCCAUCAUGCCUUAUUUGAAGUUAAGAUAAUUCUGCUUUCUUCAAAACUUAAUCUUAUAUAACAUUAGCUGAGAGCGAAAUAGAUAAAUAAUUGUUAGCAAUAUGCAGAAAAAUAUUACUUAAAAAUUUUCAUUUUAUCUUUAUAUAUCUGGUGAAGUAUUGAUCUAUGUAUUGAAAAAAAGUUUUAAAAAAAAGAUGAUCUGUUCUCUAUAAGCUUAAGUGUAAGCUUAUUGAUAAGGAAGUAGAAUUAUUCAAUUUAUAAACGAUGGUUUGGAUAAUGAUGGAGAGACUGAAAAAUCUUGUUGUAGUGAUCGGCAAAAAUAUUAGAAUUGAUUGAUCGCAAUCACAUAAAUUGGUCCAGUGCGUUGCUUUGGCUUUAUUGGUUUUUUCGGCGCAUAUUUAAAUUAAUAUAUAUACAAACGAAUUCAUAAAAUAUAUUAGCUAAUAAUAUUUGAAAAUAACCAGAACAUUUUUAUGAUCGAGUACCGCGAACAACAACAACUACUAAAUGGUGAUUUGUUUACAUGUAUUUUGGCAUAAGUUAAACACAAAUAAAAUGGAAAGAUAGCAAAUGACUUAAAGAGAGAGA